UCAACAAGCGACCUGCUUGGCUAUGCUGUCUAGACGCUAGCAUGUUCCAGUUGUCUUUUUGCAAUUUUGGAACUGUCUUAUUUGGGGGAUUGCAGUAGGUGUGUCGUUCAAUCAGUAUAACAUCGCCUGCAUGGGCUAAAGCCCCUUUCAGUCUCAGCGUGGCCGAUUGCCUCGCAUCACCCGACACGGUUGAAUAACUCUCUGCUACACAUUUUGUUGAGCGAGAAUCUUCACUUGUUGGGCAAUUAUUGCUAAUUUUUAGAAUCAAGCUGCGUGAACAAGUUAAAUUUUCUAAACGCCUCACAAUCCGGCUGUACUGUCGAAAGCCUAGCGGGACUCGAAACGGAUUAUUGGCGCAACAAACAGACAUACACGAGGACUUUGCUGGCAGGAAACAGCAGAAUGACGAGGGGAUCAUUCAUGGGAGGAACUCUGCCACCGUUGAAGGCAGUAGGCAGCCUGGUGACGGUUUUGUGCAUCGGGCUUCAGCUGCAAUACCACAUGACCCAGGCUACUGCACCGCAUGGUACGCACUGGAAAGCGGGCGCUGGCGUGUGGCACCCGCACGAGGAGGCCAUGCCCACUCUGCUGCGGCCCGGCGCUAGGCAACUGCGCGCCGGGCAAGCGGAGAUCAUGACGGUGGAGCCGAGCGUUCUGGAGGUGCGUGAUUACAUCACUGUUAACUGGCCGAAGAAAAAGAUGGAGUCGCUGCUGCCGACGUCGCCACACAUCGAGGGAAGUCCCCACGGUGACAUCAUCGCUGCGUAUUGUCCCGAAACAGCCGCCGACGGGGAUUACGUCGACUACCUGAGCGUUCCGAAAGAGGAGACGUCGGUGAAGUUUGGCCCGGUGGUGAACAUGCGGUGUCGGUACCAGUUUCGCUACCUGCGCGCCCUGCUGAACAAGUCGUACGAGGCGUACGCUCAGAGUCCGCCGGUGGGCUUUGCGGCCGGGAGCAGCCAGCCGACGCAGGGACGCCUGUCGGAGACCGGCGUCGUCGGCGAGAUGAACGUCAUGUGGGUGUCGGACCUCAACAACAUGUCCGUCGUGCAGUACGUACUCAACUCCAGCCGCCACGGUGAUGUCAUGAAAGCCAACAAUUAUGUCAUGAAUGCCACAGGCAAGGCACACACGUACGCGGCCAGCGAUCUGUGCAACGCGCCGGCAAACGAGGUGGCGGCGCUGAAGUUCCGCGACCCAGGCUUCAUACACCGUGUGCGCCUCAUGGGUCUGUCGUCGGCCACACGCUACUCGUAUCGCUACGGCAGCGACGGCCACUGGUCCGACUGGUUCUCGUUCACGACUCAGCCGGCACCGGGCAGCGCCGAGCCCGUCAACUUCUUCGUGUUUGGCGACCUGGGCGAGUGGCGCGAUGCGGCUGGCCCUCCACCAGGAGAUCGCGCCUACACCACCAUGUCUCGCAUUGAAGAGGACUUAAAGAGCAUGCCAGCGGCGGGACGCAACUUCAAUCUGCUGCUGCAUGUCGGCGACAUCUCGUAUGCGCGGGGUGCGGCGUACCAGUGGGAGCAGUUUGGCGAUCUGGUACAGCGCGUUGCCACGCAGAUCCCCUACUAUGUCGGCAUUGGCAACCACGAGUACGAUCACGAGGCCGGCGGCGAAAAUGAUCCGAGCCAUGCGGACGGCAAUGGUUAUCAUCCGUCGUGGGGCAACUACGGCACGGACUCCGCAGGGGAGUGCGCUGUUCCCGUCGUGAACCGCUUCAGCAUGCCGUCGACGGCGGCGCAGAGCCUGCAGCCGUUCUGGUACUCGCACGACUACGGUCUGAUUCACGUUGUCUGGCUGUCGACCGAGCACGACUUCUACCCCAGCAGUGACAUGUACAAGUUCCUGGUCGCCGACUUGGCUACGGUCAACCGCACGCGCACACCGUGGGUGUUCGUCAUGGGCCAUCGACCCAUGUACUGCAGUCGCGUGGCGUCCGCCAACUACAUCAUCCAGGUUCACCAGCGCGAGGCCUACGAGGACGCGCUGUACCGUUUCGGCGUCGACGUCUUCUGGUCGGGUCACUACCACUCGUACGAGCGCACCUGCGCCGUGUAUAAGGAGAAGUGCGCCAAGACGGCGAGCGGCGGGCCGGCGGCCACCGUUCACAUCAUGGUGGGCAUGGCCGGUGCCAGCCACGACCAGCCCGACUGGCAGCCGUCCACCUGGGCCGAGAGCCACUACGUCGACUACGGCUACAACCGCGUGACCGUCGCGAACGCCACCCACCUGCUCAGCGAGUACGUGGAGAACGAGAGCGGCAAGGUCAAGGACAGCGUCUGGAUCGUCUCCGACCACCGCUGGCACGCCGAAGCCGCCAAGCAAUGGGCGUAAACGUAAACGGUGUUGUUGUAUUCUUUUAUUGUGCUUCGCUGUGGGCACAGGUAAUGCUGCAUUCUCAUCGGAGGGUGAAACCUCCGCCGAUUCCUGCCAAGAACGAAAAGAAAAAAGGUAAACUCGAAAGAACUGGGCCAUCGAUAGUCUCAAGAACAAUUUCCAGUUUGUCAAGCUAUAAACAGCGUCGUAAUCAUUAUGAGCUUUUGAUAUUUAACACCCUCCCCUUUUUUCUGCUUCUGCUUCUUAUUAUGAUUAUAAUGUUAUUCUUGUUUACUGGUACAUGUAUCUUGUCUAGGAGCAUUUUGUACUUAGGUUUUAGUUGCCGAUAGCCUUUCAAACGCUGUCUAGGGAAGCCCGUCUGCUUUUUUGUGUCGCCUUUAGCUCUGUCCACCUUUCUGUUGCGGUGUAUGUAUUGCACACUCUGUCUUGCUGCGACGCACUCUGGGUUGGCGAGACUCUCACAGCUUCCCUGCUGUUGUCAUUCCACUGAAUCCGUGGAAAUUAAUAUUCAAAUUAUCUAUUUGUAUUACUCUGAAUCACAUUAUUUGGAGAAGGAACGAUGCACGCUUAUCUCCUUGUAUCGACAGGCUCUUCGGACCAAAAUGAAGAUGGCAUCAAGAAAUCAUUUUAUUCCUUGAUUAUUAAAUUUUCACGCUGAAGAAGUACAGUAUUUUGUUGGCCGGUGAAGCUAGUAGAAAUAACA